AUGUCGUGGCAGGGGUUCAAAAAGAAUGUCAGUCGGGCAACGACCCAGGUCAUGAUGAAAACAGGUCAUGUCGAGAAAACGAACGAUAGGGAUUACGAGGUUGAAGAAAGACGUUACCGAACAAUGGAAGCCGCAUCGACAAGAUUACAAAAGGAAGCAAAGGGAUACUUGGAUUCUCUCAGAGCAAUGACGGCGUCUCAAAUGCGAAUCGCAGAAACAAUUGAUGCGUUUUAUGGGGAUGCCGGCGCAAAGGAUGGUGUUAGCAGGAGUUACAAACAAGCCGUGGAGGACCUUGACGCCGAAACGAUUAAAGCGCUGGAUGGGCCAUAUCGAACGACCGUAUUGGAGCCUAUAUCGCGAUUUUGCGCAUACUUCCCGGACAUCAACGAGUGCAUCAAGAAACGAAACCACAAACUCCUCGAUUACGAUGCGAUGCGCGCGAAAGUCAAGAAACUUGUCGAGAAGCCAGAUAAAGAUGUCACAAAGCUCCCACGAGCGGAGAAGGAAACCGAGAUGGCAAAGGCAGCAUAUGAGCAACUCAACGAGCAACUCUUCACCGAACUUCCACAACUGAUCGAUCUUCGCGUACCGUAUCUGGACCCCAGUUUCGAAGCGCUUGUCAAAAUCCAACUUCGGUUCUGUGCGGAAGCAUAUUCACGAAUGGCGCAGGUACAGCAAUAUCUAGACGCAGAUACCAGAGACCAAUAUGCGCAAGGACAUCUUGAUAGCAGGGUGGAAGAAGUGUUACAGGAAAUUCGGGAUUUGAGUAUCAGCGGAACAGUAUAG